GUAGAGUAUUUUCUAGAGGUGGCCAGAAGUCAAGUCUUCCGAUAUCGAUUACAUUUCCCUAACCUAUCGGCCAUCUGCACAACACCGGCACGCUUUACCUUGAAAAGCACGUAGCACAGCGGUGAGCACAACGCAAGACACCCAAUUGAACGAACGGGGAAGCCGGUGACCGACAGCUGAAGCCCUUUAUUUCUGAGUUCUGUUCAGGAAUUCGUCGACAUGGUGUUCUACUUCAAGAGCAAUAUUGUCCAGCCGCCGGCGCUGCUUUAUAUGGGUCGUGAUAAGCACGAGAACGAGGAGCUGAUCAGAUGGGGAUGGCCGGAGGACGUGUGGUUCCAUGUCCACGACUUGUCCUCGGCCCAUGUGUACCUGAGGCUCCGGAAGGGCCAGACCAUCGAUGACAUACCCAGUGACGUCCUGGUCGAUGCCGCCCAGCUGUGCAAGGCGAACAGCAUUCAGGGCAACAAGGUGAACAAUCUGGAGGUGGUCUACACCAUGUGGGAGAACCUGAAGAAGACCCCAGACAUGGAGCCCGGCCAGGUGGCCUAUCACGACGAGAAGGCGGUGCGUCGCAUCCGUUUGGAGAAGCGCAUCAAUGAGAUUGUUAAUCGCUUGAAUAAGACCAAGACGGAGGAGGAGCACCCCGAUUUCCGGGGACUGCGAGAGGCCCGGGAUGUCGCCGAGCGCCAGGAUCAGAAGAAGCUGCAGAGGGAGCGUCGGGAGCAGGAGAAGGAGGCCACCAAGCAGCGUCAGCUAGAAGCCGAGCUGCGCAGCUACGCCUCCCUCCAAAAAAGCGAGAAUAUGCGCACCAACUACGAUGCGGGCAACGAGUCGGAUGACUUCAUGUAGUCCAUGGGCUGGACCAGGUCCUGAUGCACCCUCGCAUUUAUCCCGAACAUCUCUCGCUGUCCUCUACUUUUUUUUAUUAAAUCACAUACAAAUCGUUUUGUAAA